UGUGAGGCGGAAGUUUCAUGAAAUUCACAAGAGCGCUCGCGAAGGUCUUCACAUAUAAAGCAGAACUGUUUCUCUGUAGCUGCUGCGUCUGUUGAGUCUCUGCAGGUGUUCCUCCAGCAGGCGGCGCUCUGCGGCUCUUCAAACCGCUUCAGCUCUGAAUCAUUCAAACAUUAUAAUCACAGGAAUUCAAAUACAAACUGAACUCUAUUAAAUACAUUAUGAUUAUUAAUCCGCUGAGCCCCGCCCACUUUCACAGCCGCCGAGAUGAUUGACAUUCUGCUCUGUUCUGUUUCUGUGGUUCUAAUCUGAAAGUGACGUCAUGAUCCAGAGGCGGAGCCCGAGCACUCGCUCUCUCUCUCUCUCUCACACACACACACACACACACACUGAUGCUCGCGGCGGUGUGCGGCUGUGGUUCGGUCGGGUUUCUCGGUACCGGUGGUGUUUGCGGCGGGAUGUGAGCUCGGCUUCGGUUCCGUUAUGUUUGAUGCCAGUGUUUGGCGGAUCCGGAGCAUCCGGGACUCUGUGAGACUCGAGAUCAGCGACGAACCGAGUCCUGCGGUGCUGAACCGAUUCACACAUCUGGAUCCGGACACUCCUCACCUGGAGAAUGCGAGUCAGGAGAUCGGCGAGGAGGUGGAGGACGGCGCUGUGUUCAGCAUCACGCUGAGGAAGGUCCAGAUGUACCAGUCGUCCAGUAAGAAUCAGCGCUGGCUGGGUGUGGACUCGGACUCGGGCCUCAGUCUGUACGAGACGUGUAAGCUGCGCACCAUUAAAGCAGGAACUCUGGAGCGUCUGGUGGAGUACAUGGUCACCGCCUUCAGAGGAAACGACUCCACCUACGUCACCAUCUUCCUCUGCACCUACAGGACCUUCGCCACCACCAAACAAGUGCUGGACCUGCUGCUCAACAGAUACGCUAAACUGCAGCCGGGCGCAGAAGCACGCAGGAUGACUCCUGAUGAGCGAACGGAGCUCAGGAACACCGUCUCCUCUAUCCUGGGCGCCUGGUUGGAUCAGUACUCGGAGGACUUCUGGAAGCCUCCGGACUACAGCUGUCUGAGACGCCUGAUCCACUACCUGCAGCUCAGCUUCCCCGGGUCGGACCUGGAGCGCCGGGCCUGUAACCUGCUGAGCCAGUUCCACCGCAGACUCCAGCAGGAAUCAGACCGGGACGUGCUGGAUCAGGGCUGCUGCGCCUUCGCUCUGCUGCAGGAGAACGGAUUCGACGAGGACCGGCCCGACUUCCUGAGCUUUGACCCCACUGUGGUGGCGGAGGACGCAGAGCUGUUCAAGCGGGUCGUGCCGUAUCACUGUCUGGGAGGCAUCUGGUCUCAGAGAGAUAAGAAAGGGAAGGAACAUCUGGCGCCGACCAUCAGAGCCACGGUCAGCCAGUUCAACCGCGUCACCAACUGCGUCAUUUCCACCUGCCUGAGUGACCGGACGCUCAAGCCUGCCCACAGAGCCCGCAUCCUGGAGCACUUCACCCAAUCACCCACACACACACAGGAGUGUCGGAUCUUGAAGAACUUCUCGUCUCUGCGUGCAAUUCUGUCGGCGCUGCAGUGUAACCCGGUUCACCGGCUCAAGAAAACAUGGGACGAAGUGUCACGAGAAAACAUUCGCAUCUUCCAGGAGCUGUCAGAGAUAUUCUCUGAUGAGAACAACCACUCUCCCAGCCUAAAACUUUGUGAGUAUGAGGGAACGUCCAAAUUUGCCACUUUGGAGAUCAACCCUAAGCGAGCGCAGAAGCGACAGCAGCCACAGAGAGAUCUGACUGUGAUGCAGGGAACGAUUCCUUACCUGGGCACUUUCCUUACAGAUCUGGUCAUGAUGGACACGGCUAUGAAAGACUAUCUGGACGGAGGCCUGAUCAACUUCGAGAAGAGAAGGAAGGAGUUUGAGGUCAUCGCUCAGAUUAAGUUGUUACAGCUGGCGUGUAACAAUUAUAAUUUUAAGCGUGUCGUGGGGUUCAGCGCAUGGCUCUCCAGUGUGGAGAAGCUCUCGGAGGCUGAGAGCUACAGUCAGUCGUGUGAGAUUGAGCCGCUCUCUGAAUCGGCCUCCAACACGCUGAGAGCCAAGAAGAGCUCAGGAAUCAUGAAGAGAUGGAGCGAUCGGCAGCCCGGGGGUUCGGGGGAAGCCGGAUGCAGCGGUUCUGGAAGCUCUCACUCAAAGUCUUUCGAUCAGCUGCGUUUCCCGCCGGGUUUCAGCGGGUCGGUGGGCGACGGCGGUGACUCUCUCAGCGUGACGUCCGCGGGGUCCAGCAGCUCUGACGUGGAGGAGGUCAACAUCAGCUUCAUAUCUGAUUCACCAGAUGCUCUGGAGAGGAAGACCUCCACGCCCUUCGUAAAACAUUCCAAUUCUACCUUAGGGAAGUGCGGCCCUACGGCAGACCUGAUACCCACGUUCUGGGAGUCCACGUCUCUCUCGUCUCUGGACGCGUCGGGUCUCGGCUCAGGUUCCGGCUCCAGCAGUGCCUCCUCAUCUUCGGUGUCGUCCACACCGGUCACAGGGUCUCGCUCACACAAGCGCUCCGUCUCCGGCGUGUCCAGCUACUCGUCUCUCUCUCUGCCACUUUACAACCAGCAGGUGGACGACUGCUGCAUCAUCAGAGUCAGCCUGGACGUGGACAACGGAAACAUGUACAAGAGCAUACUGGUCACCAGUCAGGAUAAGACUCCUGCGGUCGUGAGGAAAGCCAUGGUGAAACACAACCUGGACCGCGAGCGAGCCGAGGAUUAUGAGCUGGUUCAGAAAAUCAGUGAGGAAAAGGAGCUGAAGAUUCCUGACAACGCCAAUGUUUUUUACGCCAUGAACUCCACGGCCAACUAUGACUUUGUCUUGAAGAAGAGAGGUUUCCCGAGAGCAGGCCGAACCAAACAUGUGGCCAGCUCCACGCUGCCCCGCAUGAAGCAGAAAGGUCUGAAGAUCGCUAAGGGGAUCUUCUGAAUUCCCAAACUCUUGUUGUGUCGGUACAGCAGAAGCUGGAUAUUGGCGCUCAGCAGAACUGCUUGUCAUCGCCUGGACGGCCACACUCUCCCGCUGAGAGGCGAUCUGUGUGUUUACAGUCAUUCCCGAAUCUCCGAGACCCGCUUCGUCUGUGAUGUCAGCUGUAGAUCGGAGGACCGGUCCAAAAUCAGACGUGUGCAGUGUGAAAGCUGGAGUGCUAUGAACUACGGUACCAGAAUGCCACUGUCCUCUUUCACAUGAUGGUGUGGUCAUCUGACUGAUCACAUGACAGGAAGAGUCUGCACACGUUCAUCAGUGUUUUUCCUCUUAUCUAUCACGGUGGUGCUCAAGCCCAUGAAACAUCUCUCUCUUCUUCUGUUUCAUGCUUUAAUUUCUCACACGUUCAGAGAUGCCGAGUGACUUUGUUGAUAAAAGUAAGAUGUCUUCAUUUGAAAGCAAAUUCUUUUUGUUGCCACUACAAAAUAUCAUUCUGGAGGAGACGGUGCUCAUGUGUAAACCUGAGCAGUGGAUAUGGAACGAGACGAGCACUGAAUUCCGGGAGUUUCUAACAUGAGUCUUUUUCUAGUAUAACAGCGCAGUGGCUCACUGUGACUCUCGACUUCAGUAUCUCAGAGAUCACACGUGCUCCGGUGUCUUCAGUCCUGUUAGCUGUACUCUUCAGCGCCUCACAUCACAGUGUCACAUUGCCAGUUCCUGUGUUCGGUUGCUGUGUCGCUGCAAAUUGAUGCGUGAAACCCCCUUCUGAAAUGCGACCAUAACUUUUGAAAUUAGAAUGAAAUGCCAAAAGGUUUCCAGGUGUUCGGCGGUCCGGAGACACUGGCUGUAGUGAUGAUGAACCGGCCCUGAGAUCAGAAGAAGAGAGAAACAACACGAAAAGUGAAACUGCACAUAAAAAGAGAAAUGAACAUGUAAUGAGAGUUUGUUUUAUUUUACCUGAAGUUCAGUGGUUGUUCAUGACUGAAUGCUUCACAAAGCUGACCUGCCAUAGAUCCUUUAUGUGUGACCAUGUGUGUGUGUGUGUGUGCGGUGCGCGUGCGUGUGUGUGUGUGUGCUUGCUAUGCUUUAAUGUCUUUGUGUGCGUGUGUGUUUGUGUGUGU